UGAUCGAUAUUUCUGUUUGACACGAUAUAGUUCCAAUGUUGGUGGGACUACGUUUUAAACUAACAUGUGCACUAGGUCUGAAGCUGCUCGACUCCCCAGCGUAAAACGCGCUCCCAAUGCAACUCGGGUUGAAGAUCAAGGUGACGAGUACACGAUAGAUAUCAACGAUGAAGGGUACUUUGAGGAUGGGGCGUUCGUUGCUGGCAAGCGAAAGCAAUGGCAACCAGAUCGCCUCGAAGGUGAAACCGACGAGGAUUAUCUCGAGGACAAAUCAGAGGAAGAGGAAACUUCGAUAUCGCCACAAGAGGCAUACUACGAAGACCUGAAAGUCAGAUUCCUACAACACCGCGCGCUUCUCAGCACGACCCCUCCUCUACCACGUAUCUCUGCUCUCAAAGCAUCUCAGCCGAUAUGGAUACCGGACCAGGGCCAAUCGCUACAAUGUCAGGCCAUUGUAGAAGAAAAUGAUCCUGUCCCUGCCCAGGUAGCUUCUAUGAACAUUGAGACUAUCUUUAGACUGCUUAAUAUCGUCGCGAGAUCGUUGGUCCCAGGAGGUAACAUCACUAAGAGACAGAGCUUGUGGAUCUGGAGCUUGCUGGCGCGUCUACCGGAUGCUGGAGUUAUGGAUAACUGGAAUGUACACCGAUGGAGACAGAACAUUGGCAAAAGAGCUGUGAUACUCCGGGCUGUGUAUGAUGAGCGGUGUCAUCAAUUGGCACGGAGAUACCAGCUUUUGGACGAGAAUAUCGCAUGGGACGAUGCAAACUUCAGUAACAGUGCUGAAGUGGACCAGGUGUCAGAGAGAACUACCGUUUCUGGUGAUGCCAUCAAAGAGGAUUCAUGUGGAACUGAAAUGGUGCCGAAAGAUGCUGUUGAUGAAGACGAAGAGCAAGCUAUGGACCUAGAGUCGUCUGACGAAGAAGGAGAAAUCGACGAGCUAGCCGAAGCAAAACAAGAAUUACUACAAGCUCUGAGUGCAUCCGAGGAGGCCACACAGUCGUUGCAAAUGGAGAGCGAGAGCCUGGGAAAACAGGACACCGACAGUGAGCUCAAAGGCAUGUCAUCUACCUCUAAAAAGUCCGCGCCUGCCGAAGACGAGGAGCCAUUUCCGAACCUUAACACACGCGUCACUCUCGACAUGAUGAUCACAGUUAUCGGUGAUCUGUAUGGCCAGCGAGAUUUACUUGAAUGUCGAGCGGACUGGGACGAAGACGAAGAAUCGUGUGUAUGAUUUAAUGCAGAUACCCUCGACGACGUAAACGAUGUAUUAGCAACAUUUCAUUUGAAGCAGAGCUUGACCUUCUAUGUUAGUGCAACGUUAUGAGUCUAUUCAUACAACGAUGUUGGUUCUCGAACGUCCACUUCGCCACAUUAUCAGACAUGCAAAAUAUGUUUGCAAUCAU